GGCUUUGCAGAUGGGAACAACCUCGUGGUGUGCCCGGUGGCGCUUCCGGGGGGCAAAGCCAACAUCAAGACGCUCGCCGACCUGAACCCGAAAGCCGGUGAUCCGAUCGCCACGUAUAGAUACACGUAUGAGUUCCAGCUCGUGCAUGAGCUGGCGCACGUCGUGGGCGCUGAGAGGGACAUCAAAUAUGGCAUGCCUGAUUGCACACAGCUGGCGAGGGGUGCUACGAAUGCAGCGCCGAGCGAUACGCCAGCGAAUAAUGCUGAUAGCUGGGCGUUAUUUGCGUUGGGUGAGUGCCGCGAUCUGGCGCGUGAAUGGAAGACGUUUCGCUGACAUGACCAUGAUUAGCUGUGUCGGACGUGUCGAGCCCGCCCAUGUCGGAUUUCGAUUGGACUGGAGGAGAUUCAGGCGAGAACGCGCGGAGGUAUACGCAGAAUUAGGGGGAGGUUAAGGACAAGGACGGGGUGGAAGAAUGGAGAGGUCCGAUUUUUGAGGUCCUUAGGUUCCACG